CAGAAUACCUAACACGGAAGUCGGUAGUGGAGUAAGGCGUCGCGUAUCCUAUGUUCGGCAGAUAACGGCAGCAGCCAUGUCGCUAAAGUCAGACAUAAGCAAGCAAUUGGGCGCCCUCCUCCUGAAAGGAUGGGCGAUGCUAGCUGAGAGUUGUCCGCACUGCCAGGUUAGCUAACACGAUAAAUACGUUUUAGGGAAAAGACUUAGUUUGUCAUUGUGGCAGCCUGCGGUAGAAUAACUGAUGGUCCCGCUCAUGCGCGAGCGCCAUUCGGAAGAGCGGCUAUGCGUCAACUGCAAAACCACCUUUGUAAUCGACGGGCAGGGCCUGCGCCCCACCUCCGCGCCCUCGCCACCUGCUGCCGCUCCGGGCAAGCCACCCGCCCAGCCGCCCGCCGCCCAGGAGGACACCACCCGCCUGCACGCCGCGCCGGCAGCUGCUGAGGCGGCGGCGGCGGAAGAGGAGGAAUCAAGGGAGGGUGUUAUGGAGGAUGCCGGGGAGGGGGAGGGGGAGGACGGCGAGGUGCCGUACGACCCGCUGGCUGAUCCCCGCCUGGGUCCCUUUGCGGCCUCAACAGAAAAGGCCGCAGCAGCCGCACCUGCCGGUGGCACUGUCAGCGUAGCAGACGGGGACGGUGGAAAGGAUGCUGGUGGUGGUGGUGGUGGCGGUGACAGUAGCGCCAAGCGCUGCCGGUUAGAUCUGCCCGCCGGAGGACAGCAGCAGCAGCAGCAGCCGGGGCCAACACCCGCAGCAGCAGCAGCGCCCUCCACCUCUCCCUCGCGCCCCGACGUAGCAGAGUUGCUAUCCACCAAGAUGCUGCAGGGCUGGGCGCUGCUAGACAAGUAUUGCCCCAGGUGUUCCACGGUGUUGGUCCGCUCGCGCGCCACUCGCCGCAUGUUCUGUGUGGCGUGUGACGCAUGGGUGCUGCAGGAGGGGGA